AUGUGUUACCAUGCGUACUCGUUAGCAACACAACUCAGUUACAAUGUAAACAUUGUUGGCUAUUUGGAUUCGACUCCCCACCCACUUAUUCAUAAUAACAGCCAUAUCAAAUACGUUGCCCUGUCGCCCCCUCCAGAUCGACUGGCACGCCUUCCAGAAGCUCUACAACUGCCGCUAAAAUUUAUAUGGACUUUCAUAGUGCUUUCAUGGGCGCUUUUGUUUAGAAUAGGAUGGGAUGUUAAGCUAAUAUUUAUGCAAAAUCCGCCGGCAUUGCCAACAAUGUUUGUUUGUUGGAUGGUGUCGCGCCUGAAGAAUGCAAAGUUUGUAAUUGAUUGGCACAAUUAUAUGUGGUCGGUUUUAAAGGAUAAAAGUGGUAUCGAUCAACUAACACUGCCGCGUUUGGUAGAAGAUGGCUCUGAAGGCAAGGAUUCAACCAAGGACAAUGAAAGAGAUGCUGCAGUUGUUACAACAAGAAGGAAACGUCGAAGUAGCGGUGACAACAAAAAGGAGCGGAAGACCCUCAAAAGACGGUAUAUUGAAUGGGUAUAUCGUUGGGAAGGUGCACUUGGUCGUCGUGCUGAUGCAGGUCUUUGCGUAACUCGUGCAAUGCGAGAAGACCUUCAACGAGCAUGGGGUGUUCAUGCAGCCGGUUAUUGCUACACGAUCGGCUACGCUGUAAGGCGCGUUCAGUUCUCUUUAAAUGAAAAGCACGAAUUGUUACUCCGACUUGGUUUGGGUGCCAAUGGACAGGUGUUUGGUGCAGUACCUUCGGAAGAUGCUACUCGCUUUUCCGUUCGCGAUCCAUCCACUCGAGAAGUUCGUUUCCGCGAUGAUCGUCCGUUGUUAGUUAUUUCGUCGACAUCAUGGACUCCUGAUGAGGAUUUCCAAAUCUUGCUAGAUGCUGCCAAGAAGUACAACGACGUGGCAGCCAUCAGUAGGAGCUCGUGA